AAGUCGCGUGUCAUUAAAACGACGCCGAAUCUCGUCGUUUCGACGAAGUUACCUAUGAGUCUCUUCGUCUCCUCAGCAAUUUUCAGUUCCAAAUUGUUCUGAGCUUUUCUUCUCCCUCUGCUUUCGCUUCCGGAGCUUUCUGGGACUUCAGCAAUUUUCAGUUCCAAAUUGUUCUGAGCUUUUCUUCUCCCUCUGCUUUCGCUUCCGGAGCUUUUUUUUGGGACUUCAGGCAAAGAUUUGUAAAUUAAACUACUCGAGUCCAUUUACACCGAUGGGAUGGGGAAACAUCUACAAAAGACGCAUGAAAGUAUGCACAGUUGCUUUUCUGAUAUACCUAGAUUACAAGGCUUUGCAGCAAAGAGAGAAAUGGGCUAACAAAACUAAAACAGAUGCUUUAUGGGAAAAUGCGCAUGAGCGAAAUGCUAAACGUGUUCUCAGUUUGAUGGUGGAGUUGGAAGGUUUGUGGGUGAAACUUGGGCAGUAUCUGUCUACACGGGCAGAUGUACUUCCUGAGGCAUACAUACGCCUUCUCAAGCAAUUGCAGGACUCUCUUCCUCCUCGUCCUUUAGAAGAGGUUUGUCGAACUAUACAGAAAGAGUUGGGGAAAUCAAUGAACGAGUUGUUCUUAGAUUUUGUAAAUGUUCCUUUGGCAACAGCAUCAAUAGCACAAGUCCACCGUGCCACCCUGCUCAAUGGGCGGGAAGUAGUUGUUAAAGUUCAACAUGAGGGCAUCAAGACAAUUAUAUUGGAGGACUUGAAGAAUGCAAAGUCAAUUGUUGACUGGAUAGCAUGGGCAGAGCCUCAGUACAAUUUUAAUCCUAUGAUAGAUGAAUGGUGCAAAGAAUCUCCCAAAGAACUUGACUUCAAUCAUGAAGCUGAGAACACCAGAACAGUGGCUAAAAAUCUUGGCUGCAAUACCAAAUGUGAUGAUAACACACGCGCCGAUCGAGUGGAUGUUUUGAUUCCAGAGGUUAUUCAGUCAACAGAGAAAGUCCUCAUUUCAGAGUUUAUGGAUGGUAUUCGGAUAAAUGACAUAGAAGCGCUGGAAGAAUUUGGUGUUGACAAACAAAAAGUUGUUGAAGAAAUCACACGUGCUUAUGCCCAUCAAAUGUAUGUUGACGGGUUUUUUAAUGGAGAUCCUCAUCCUGGGAACUUUCUUGUGAGCAAGGAACCUCCAUAUCGUCCUAUUUUGCUUGACUUUGGGCUUACAAAGAAAUUAUCAAGCUCAUUUAAAAAAGCACUAGCAAAGAUGUUCUUGGCAUCUACCGAGGGGGACCAUGUUGCUCUAUUGUCUGCCUUUGCAGAAAUGGGACUUAAGUUGCGCCUAGAUAUUCCAGAGCAGGCAAUGGAGAUAACAACUGUAUUCUUCCGAAGUACAACACCUGCCAAAGAGUCUAGUGAAACAAUGAAAUCUAUGGUGGAUCAAAGAGCCAAAAACAUGAAGGUUAUACAGGACAAGAUGCAACUUAACCAGAAGGAGGCUAAACGCUUUAAUCCUGUUGAUGCAUUUCCUGGUGAUAUUGUAAUUUUUGCACGAGUCCUCAAUCUUCUCAGAGGGCUUUCUUCCACAAUGAAUGUCCGGAUUGUAUAUCAAGAGAUCAUGAGACCAUUUGCUGAAUCCGUUUUACAAGGAAACAUUAAUAGGGGACCAAUGGAAAAUGAUCAGUGGGUCUAUGACACACCUGCCCACUCUAAUGUGGAGGCCAAGCUGAGGCAACUCCUAGUUGAGCUGGGGAAUGACAAUAAAAUACUUGGAGUCCAGGUAUGUGCCUACAAAGAUGGGGAAGUUAUUAUUGACACUGCUGCUGGAGUGCUUGGUAGAUAUGAUCCUCGUCCAGUUCAACCCGACAGCCUUUUCCCAGUUUUUUCUGUUACAAAGGGUUUAACAGCUGGAAUGUUACAUUGGCUGGUUGACACUGGAAAAUUGAGCCUUGAGGAAGAUGUAGCAAAUAUAUGGCCAGAAUUUGGAUCAUUUAGAAAACAUCAGAUAAAGGUCCAUCACGUCCUAAACCAUACCUCUGGACUGCACAAUGCUUUGGGAGAGCUUGGCACAGAGAACCCUUUGCUUAUGGCCGACUGGGAGGAGUGUUUAAACCGUGUUGCCCUUUCAGAACCUGAGACUGAACCUGGCCAGGAGCAGCUGUAUCACUAUCUAUCUUUUGGUUGGAUAUGCGGUGGGAUUAUCGAGCAUGCAUCGAAGAGGAAAUUCAAGGAAAUUCUUGAAGAAGCAUUUGUUCACCCCCUCCAAAUUGAAGGGGAGUUUUAUAUUGGAAUACCUCCAGGUGUGGAAUCUCGACUUGCAACCCUUACACCCAAUACAGAAGACCUGAAGAAGCUUUCAGGGAUUAGCGGUCGUACUGAUCUGCCCUCCACUUUCCAGCCAGAUAAAAUUAUGCAAGCUGCAACUGCAUUGCCCGCUCUAUUUAACAUGCUAAAUAUUCGCCGUGCCAUGAUACCUGCAGCUAAUGGACAUUUCUCAGCACGUGCACUUGCACGUUACUAUGCAACCUUAGUUGAUGGUGGUGUUGUUCCACCGCCUCAUUCCUCUUCCUCAAAGCCAGCUCUUGGUAGCCACCCUCACAUUCCCAAAUUUGCUGAUCAACCGUCACUGAAAAAACAGAAGGGUAACAGAAGCAAGAAGAUAGCUGCUGCUUUUAGGAACAGGAGAACUAAUAAGUAUGAGAAGACCCCGCAAGAUAGCAAGGACCAGGACAUUGGUAGUCAUAGUAGAAACACGAGCGGCGACAGUAACACUUGCAACGGAAGUGACACUGUGUUGGAUGAGAUCAUUGUGAAUCCUAAUCCUCAAAAGGACGUCGUUAAGAUAUUUAACAACCCCAGAAUUCAUGAUGCCUUCAUGGGCGUCGGCGAGUAUUCAAACUUGGCUAAACCAGAUGGGAGUUUCGGACUGGGAUUUAAGAGGUAUUAUUCAAAGGACAGGUCCCUUAUCGGCUUUGGCCACUCGGGCAUGGGUGGCUCAACUGGUUUCUGUGACAUAAAGAAUCGGUUCUCCAUUGCUGUAACAUUGAAUAAAAUGUCGUUUGGUUUAGAGACCGCAAAGAUAAUCCAGUUAGUUUGUUCGGAGUUAAAUAUCCCGGUGCCAGAGGAUUAUCUGAGAUACGCCGAAACAGGACCUAGUGAUGGAAAACCUCUUAUCAAUUGAGGCUGGUAAAUGGUAAUUAAGCCUUUUUACCCUUCAUCAUCAUUACAACCUUGUAUUACACAUUUUGAUACGAUUAUAUUCUUCUGGUUUUUACCCCAGAUGAAUGAGUGUAAGCAGUUAUGUUGAUUUCAAUUUUAUACAGCAAUUAUUUAAAAGUGAAACUUUGAACACAA